AUGCUGAGGGUAGUCGUUGACAAGGACAGCAACGUCGUGGACAAGCUAUCCGAGGAGGCGGACAAGCAGUUGCAGCGGCUUUCCCUGGGACCUGAGUGUAGCACAACCUAUGUCGAUGUUGGAUACUGGGAUUAUUCGCAAGAUACAGAGCCUCAGACACCGAACUUCACAAAAGUCUUCGAUUCAGCCAUUUUCGAUCCCGAAACCUGUUUCGGCGGCAAUUGCCAUUACACUACCCCGACUUCUGGGACAAACCCGUACAACCUUUCUGGUGACACUUGGGAAGGCCGUGUGAAAAACGGACCAUUCGUACCGGCAGAUUUCAUGCUCAACUUCCCCACGAAAGAUUGUCUGCGAAGGGACUUCAUUCCUCGCGUCAUGAAUACCUGGGCCGACCCUGCGCUCGUUGGUAACGUGCUGGCGCAGGAGGAUUACACGAGUUUCGCGCGCGCCAUCGAGAAUGUGCCAAGUUCCGACCAGCUCAACAUCCACGGCAGUGGUCACUUCGGUGUUGGUUGGGCUCUGGGAACGAUGGGCAACGCUGCCAACAGUCGUGGAGACUCGUUGUGA